UUAAAAAGAUGAAUAUGUUAGCAUUAUUUCCGCAUUUCAUCUGUAUAUUAUAGACAAUGAACCGCCACCAAGUGCUGACAGGAGCUUGUAACAGCGGAGAACAAUGUUACUCAGUAGGAAGUGUGGAGGGACUUCAUUUUACGGCAUAUGCUGCAGGGUGUAACAUUGUCAUUUUGGCAAGUAAUUUUGAGCGAGUACAGAUCAUACCUGGCGUCACCCAUGGCAACAUCAAGGUCAGCUGUAUCGCCUGCUCCACGGACACUGGCAAGAUUGCUGCCAGCUAUGCCAGAAAAGUUCACAUAUUUGAGCCAACGCCACUGACAAGUGAAAAUGCCCAUCCUCAGCCAAAGAAGUUGGAUUACCGCUGGUAUAAGACUGCCACCCUAGAGGCAGAAAGUUUCAUCAACUGCCUCAGUUGGAAUAUGGAAGGCUCGAAACUGCUGACUGGUGGAGAACUAAUCCAGUUAUGGCAGAUGUGCGAGCAGGAGACGCCGGAGGAAGACCACCCCCCGAGGCGGGUCCAGUUCAGUGUUGGGGUGGGGCCUGAUGACGAUGAGCCCCUCCACCAGGAGCUGAGACAUGCCCUGCACCAUGAGCGAGACGCAGUGGACACACACCACCCGACUGAGUGGGAGAGUGUGUGGAAGUGCAGACCAGCUACAGCUGUGCACCACUUGGAGUUUUCACCAGAUGGCUUUAUGUUCGCUUCUGCUGGCAAGGCUGACAGAUUAGUCAAAAUUUGGUAUGAAGACCAAAAAGUGACGCCUCAGUUGAUGAGGACGGACAGCAUCAGUCCGAAGCUGGACGAACAUCACUUCUCCUUCAUCUACAUCUCGCACCCCAGAGCUGUGACCGGCUUCUCCUGGCGCACCACAAGCAAGUACAUGCCACGUGGUUCCGUGGCGAACAUGCUUGUGACGUCGUGUAUGGACUCUGUGUGUCGUAUUUGGUGCGAGACUAUCCUGCCCGACGAUGGGUUGUUGGAGCUUGAACAGUUUGACCCUAGUGGACAGAUCGGCACAAAGUUCCACACACAACGCCACAAGAAGAGAUUUCUACAGAGAUUAAAAACUAUACGACAUGCCAUCCACAAGAGGAAGAAACAGCGGUACGGUCCGGAGACAGUUAUGAGUUCGGCCAACCUGCCAAGCAUGGGCAGCGUUCACGACUUCCACAAGUUCGCACUAAACCACAACGGUGUCUCCCCCGUUCUUCACUUUCACCUCGCAGGCAGCAUCAACCCAGAGACAGACAUUCCCCUGCAGCCUAUCGUGGGAAACAAGGGCGACAUGGAGUGUAACUUCCGCCUGCACUGGCUGAACAACAAGGAGCUUCACUUCACUGUGGAGGCGGAGAAAAUCCUCCACGACCUCCACAAGCGGCUGCUGUAUGAGGAGGGCCAAAAGGACGACGUCACCAUGGCGACAGGCUUCGACAGCGAGGAGCAUGACCCAGACCAUGAUAUUGACCAUGAGUAUGACCACUGCCACGACUCGGAGGAAGAAGAGAUUGAACAUCCAAAGAAGAAAAAGAGCAAGUUUUUCAAACGGAAGCAUAAAAACAAGAGUCAAAAGGAAACCUCCAAGAUGCUUGGCAGCCAUGCGGAGAGUCAGACCAGCCUCUCGUCGGAGCAUGGGUCUGAAGGAACCGGCAGUUCAACGGAAAUAUCGAGUUCUAUAAUGGAGAUGUUAGAUCACGAGAUUGAGGCUCAGUUGAGAUGCUGGCACCAGAAUCCAGACAUGAUGUACAGUAUUCACCCAAUAGACGGAAGCUUCCUUAUAUGGCUUGUUGACUGGCUUGACGAGUGCAACCCGUACUGCUUCCGGCAGGCACAAGUGAGCUUCUCCUCUCGACUGCCCAACGCGUUUCCCAUCCCAGACGCGCGCUCCAUGGCCAGCAAGCUGAUGAUCUACUGCAACUACAGCAAGAUGGACAUCAAGUCGGCCAUGAAGAUGAGUGAGAGCAAGGCCUCGAUGAUGGCCAAUGACGGUGGCUUUCACCACCCGCAGCACAUGACGGGGGAGACCCAGCCGGCCACGGCCACGGGCAAAAGCUCCCCGGGGCAGAAUGACAACAUGCUGAUCCCGAACGUGCUGAUGCUGUCGAAGCACAGCAACGGGACCAUCAACCAGUGGCAGAUCAGCUUCGCGGACAACUCCAAGUUCCAGACGAUUGUCAGUGUCGCGCACGCAUCCAGGGCCUGUGGGCACCGCUUCCGCACCAACUCCGUGGCGUGUCACCCGGUUCUGCCCCUGUUGUUGACGACGUCGCACCACAACAUCCCCGAGGAGGAGACGCCCGACAAGGCCGACACACCCCCUGGUGGUGAGGAGGGUGGGGCAAGCGAGUUCGGGAAUCCCCAGGGUGGCUUUGCGUUCUGUAGUGAGCUGGUUCUGUGGCAGGUGGAUCCAGUCGGGCCGUUGUCUAAGUCCGGCGGGCUUGUGGAGCUGGCGAGAAUAAACGCGCCGCCGUUGUCGGCAUUUUCGAAUGUAGCCUGGGUGCCCACGUUAUUACCUAGCAAUUCACUUGGGUCGUACAGCAAUUCUCCCAGUGCUCUGUUUGUUGCAUCUGAUGGAAACUGCUUGCGACUGUUUCAGGCGAUCAUUGAUGGCCGGACAUUACUGUCAGAAUAUCACCCGAAGGAUGGGAAACAUAUAGGUCAUACCCUGAGUUUCUCCAGUACGACCAGCUCAAGUUACCAUGGUGAUGCUGUAGACACAGGCUUGUUCCCGAAGACGGCCGGUGAACUGUUCAAUAUUGCCUCCCUACAGUCGUCAGCCCGCCCCGGCUGUGUCAUAGAGAUGGAGGCAAUCAGUGACGCUCAGCAGGACUGGCAGAACAUUCAACUGCUGCAUGUGUUUCAAGAGCAGCUGGUGACUGGCAAGAUGGCCAGCAGUGAGACCAGCUUCAACAUGGAGGCCAUCGUUGACCUGCGCAACCUGAGCUCCUUCGAGGAAAACUUCUUCCUCGUCGUGCUCGAGAAGAUAAACUCUGGGGGUUCGAUGAUACACAUGUGGAAAAUAACCAUAUCAUCACAGCUGGGAUCUCAAGCUAAUGCAGGAAAGACGAAUCCGUUUAUGACAAAUGAUCAGGUGGGUGAUGAUUUUGAAAGUCCGACUGGCAGUCCGGGUCCAGACCCAUUGAACGCAUCACAAUCCCCAUCUGUGAUGACCAUGUCGUUCACAACUACCAAGGUAUGCUCCCAACAUCUUCCACUGCCAGAAUCAGUCGACGUCAUAUCUGCGACCAUCGCAGCAGGGCACCUCAGUUCGGCAUCAAUCUACCCAGCAUGCUUUGCACCGUACGUUAUCGUCACUGCCUGCACCGAUGGCGACGUCCGAUUCUGGCGCUGCAACCUUUCGGAGGUUGUCUUGGGGUCGUUAGGCAACCAUAGCAACCCGAACUCUGUGUACAUGACCAACUACGAGUUCACCCUGGACGAAUCUCACCAACGACAUCGGCCGUCAGUGACCACGCUGCAGCGGUAUCAGCAGCCAGACGUGGCGUACCGGUGGAAAGAGUGGGAGAUGCUCAAUCUGAGACGGCCGGAGAGCGCCAUUACAAUCCCAGGCAAGCCCAUCACUGUAAGUUGUGCGUACAGUGGUCGUAUCGCCAUCGCCUACCGGUACGGAGCGAUCCGAACCACACAGGACCACCCCGAGGAUAAGUUUGUCAACCUGUGUGUUGCCAUAUAUGAGUGCGAGUCGACAGGUGGUUCGGAGUGGGUUCUGGAGGACACAAUAGAACUGAAGAACAUCAAAAUUCCUGACCCGAGGUCGGAGAUCGAGAUCAGUCUGCCUCACAUCUACAAUCCCGACAACGCAUGCCCUCGCAUCGACGAGAACAAGUCCAUCUCUCCCUCCUCCUCGAUCGUCAACCUAACGCGUACCAAGUCCGUUCCCAGCCUCAGCACGAUUCACACGGUGAAGAAAUCCAUCGAAGAACAGGGAAACAAGCAGGGGCUGCUCACUCAGAAGUGUUUGGUACAGCUCGACUGGAUUUCAUCGGAGGACGGAUCUCAUAUCCUGACAGUGGGGGUGGCUUCGAAGAUCUUCACCUACUCUCAGGUGUCUAAUGAAAUCGCACAGGAAUCCAUGAAGGCGUUUUCUGGAAGGGAGUUGAAGACGCCGAAUGACAAGUUGCCAGGACGAUCGCGACCGAUGAUGCAGAAGUCGAAGUCGCUCGUCGCCGAGGACUAUCAGGAGGAGAUAAGAUGGAUGAGGUUGCGUUCCAUCGAUUUGUCCACAGCAGAUGGAUUACCUCCCUUGCCGAUGCACUUGUCGUGGGUGCGGGCUGGGAUCCUGGUUGUCGGGAUGGAUAAUGAAAUGCAUGUGUAUUCUCAGUGGAGAAGCCAGUUUGGUCCAAGUAACGAUAUCAUUUCGGACGAAGAUUUCAAGAUUGACAAGCGGACGUUAACAGAGGUUAAUCUUCAGAGUAUGUCCAGUGCAGGAAUGAGCAAGAAAAAGUCAAAAUCGUCAAAAUCAUUCAAAUCAUCUUACUCCAUGCCCAGCUUCAAGCACGCUGCGUCCAGUCUUUCUCAUUCGAAGAAAGAAAUGUGGAAGAAAUCGGAACAAGGUUCAGGAGCAUCCAAAGACAGUUUCUCCCGCAGCGAGAGUCUUUCGAGCCUUUCUGUGAUCCAAGACUAUGGCUUGUUCGAAGCGGCACGCCAGGCCAAUCCCAUCCUGCCGCAGUACCACCCAAAACAGCUUAUGGAACUUCUCAACUUUGGGAAACUAAAACGCGUCAAGGCCAUCCUGGCACACCUUGUCCGAUGUAUUGCAGGUAGCGAUCAGAUGCAUGCCGUGUUCGUCGACGAGAUGGAAGGCGAAGACGGACACCUUGCCGUGAGGUCCAUGCGACACCACAGCAUGUCGGCAAACAGUCCGCAGCAGAAUGAACACCAGUUCGGCGAAGAGGUGAACAUCAACAUCACCGAAAUCCAGUCCAUUCCACCUCUCCCCAUUUACGCGCUCCUAGCCGCAGACAACGAUAACUCGGGCAUCAACGCCGAGAUCAUGAAAGCGGCCACAAAUCCCACAGCUGGCCAGGCCCCUCAGGAUUACACGGACCUCUUCAACACGGACAUUAUCAAUGACGAUGAGAAGCUGGACGACACGUUGCUGUCAUCGUCGGCAGAGAGUGGGACGGCAAAGAGAACGAGGCUGACGAGCUCGCACCAGACCCCAGUGAACCUGUAUCACUUUGGGCCGAAGCAGGCGCGGGUGCUGGGCACGCACCUCAUGCACAUCCACCUACCGGGACUGUCCAGUCUCGACCAGAUGUACCUGAUGGCCCUCGCAGACACCGUUGCCAGCACCAAGCUUGAGUUUGCAGAUCACUACAUUAAGGACGAAGCCAAGCCAGGUGUUGAAAAUCAUCAAACUGACAGUCAUGCUGCAGAAUCGAUGGAUGACUGCGGAGUCAGGUUUCUUCUCGCCAUGCGACAUCACAUCUACCUGCUGGGAACCCUGCAGCCGGCCCAGAGGUUUGUCUUGCACAAACAGGGGCUGAAAUCCUUCAACCUCAUCUGGGCCUUCCACUCGGAAUCAACAGAGGAACUGUUAUCGUUCAUCCCCAGCAUGCAGAAGGGAGAACCGACCUGGGAAGACUUGAAACAGUUUGGGGCUGGCUGGUGGAUCACUAACAUCAGUGAACUCAAGCGGUGUAUUGAGAAGGUGGCUAAAGUAGCAUUUCAAGCAAAGAAGGAUCCACUAGACGCAGCUAUUUUCUACAUGGCGAUGAAGAAGAAAAUGGUGUUAUGGGGCCUCUAUAGAUCUGUAGAGAACAAAAAGAUGAUGGAUUUUUUCCGAAAUGACUUCACUCAGAACCGGUGGCGUAAAGCCGCGCUGAAGAACGCAUUCGCUCUUCUCGGACGUCAGAUGUUUCAACAGGCCGCUGCUUUCUUCCUGUUAGGAGGGUCACUGAAAGAUGCUGUUGAGGUUUGCAUUGAGAAGCUCCAUGACAUCCAGCUGGCCAUGGUGAUCUGCCGCCUCUAUGACGGCGAAGAAAUCCUGCCGGACAGCGUUAAGGACAUUCUGUACCAGAACAUCCUCGGCUGUGACUCCACUGGCAAAUACUGUGAUGCCAGCAAGGCUCACCCAGACCCCUUCCUCAGGAGCAUGGCCCUGUGGCUCCUCAAAGACUACCGGGGAGCCCUGCAGACUCUCCUUCACGUCAACAUUGGCAGGGCCAGGCUAGCCCAUGAAGUGUUCGACACCGACAUUCUCUCGGUGACCCCGAACGUUUUCAACUGCUACAACUACUUGCGGACCCAUCCUCUCCUUAUGAAGCAGAAACUGGCAUCGUCUUCCCUCAGCAGACGAAGGACGGUAAUGACCGGGUUCACCAGGUCCAACAGUAUCGUCAUUCCCGACAACAAGAUCACCACCAUCGAUCGAGUCACCCCAAUGGAGCGCAGGUUAUUCUUUGCCACAGCUCAUGCCCAUUACAAAAAUGGCUGCCCUCUGAUGGCGCUGGAAACUCUCUGCAAGCUGCCGCCUGUUGUCGAGGAUACGGAAGAAGAAGAUCACAUGUAUUCCGAUUCAGGCAGGCUGAGGAAAAAUGCUUCAGAUCUGAGCUGCAUCAAAACGGGAACCAUUGGUAAUGAGGAUAAUGAGGCAGACAAGAAGGGGAACGACUCUAAUUCUUCGGCAGACUUUGAUUGGAGUACCCCGGUUUCGAGUCGGUUAAAGAAUAAUUCAAACAUGUCCGACAUCAACAAGCCCGUGACCAAUGGGUUUGAACCGAGCUCCAAGGAGACAGACUGGAGUAAGCCAAGCGUCACCUUCAAGGAUGACCUGCAGCUGGAGCUGGACUUGGAAUUGGAGAGGGAAGAGGAGGACGAUGAAGUUCCCACCGACCCCAUAAACAUCUUCUCCAGUAUGAAGACGGUGCCCGACAUACGGGUGGAAAACGAUGACGGAGAUGUCUCCAAUGUGGAGGAGUCGUCCACUGGACACAAGCUGGACAUCAUGGCUCAACAGUACAAGUUUAUUGCAUGCUUGAAGGUGUUAAUGGAGGAACUCGGGACACUGGCAACUGGAUUUGAAGUUGAUGGUGGCCAGCUUCGCUAUCAGCUUUACAUCUGGUUAGAGAAAGAAUCAGAAGUCCUGCGGGUGCUCUGUAACUAUGGGCAACAGGAAGAAGAUAUACCAGAAUCCUCAGUGCUGGACACAAGCCUGGACUCCAUCGACUACCUGGAGGCACCGCGAUUCAACCGAUCACUGUCGAUCAAGUCUGACACGUCGCUGAGCCGUGCGACCCUCCACGAAGUGAUCCUGGCCGACAAGGUGGACCUGGAGGCCAAGAUGGACCGCAUGGCUCGCCGCAAACAGUGGCUCAAGAGCAACCAGCAGUUCCUGAGGACUCUGAUCAGCUACUGCAUCCUGCAAGGGUCCGGAGGUGGGGGCCUCGCGUCUGUGCGCAUGGAGCUCCUACUGCUCCUCCAGGAGCUGCAGCAGGAGAAGCCGCAGCAGCAGCUGUUGUCUCCCCUGCCGUUCCCGACGACGCUGCCUCUGCUGUCGGCAAGCAUCGCCAGUUCGAAGACGGUGAUAGCUGACCCGAUCCAGCACCUGCAGUGUCUGUCGCAGGACCUGCUGCACACGAUAAUCGAGAUGGUCGUCCCGCCCGGGUUCGAGACGGACACUGGGAAUGUGUUUCUGCUGCGGAAUCUGGCCGUGGCGCUGUCGUCCUGUAUAUACCAGUGCCUCUGUGAUAGUGACAGUUUUAUCGUUUCGCUCACCGAUGUGGACGUGGGUCUAGAAGGAUUUACAAGUGCUAACUUUGUGACACAGGCCAGUCACUUGAUGGCCGGAGUGCGAGGGAAGCGGAUGAGAACAGGCGAGAGUGCUGAAGAAACUGUGAACACAAGUCCGGCGAAGUGGCCAGGUGUGACAUCUCUGCGUGUACUGAUAGCGCGAGAGAAGGACGAAGACGCCCCCAAGUUACACAUGUUACUCUGCGAGUCUCUCUUCGCCGUCUAUGUGAGCCUCCUCGUCAACGGUCUGGCAACCUUUGACCCACUCAUCCUGUAUAGACUAGUUGCUCACCACUUUGACCAGAAGUUAUGGUCUGCUCUGUUUGGAGGUGGAGUGAAGACGGUUAUCAAAACCAGCAUGUCUGUCCCACAACAAUCCGUAUCGGACGACAUGACGAAGCAGCGGAUGAGACUGAAUAUGAAGCUGAUGAGUCAGACACCGAGCUCCAACAAAAUGCCCGAAGUGAAGGAAACGUACAAGGAGAAGUUUGUCGGGCCAGAACUCAGUAUGAUCACAUACUUCAUGACCAAGCCAUUUGUUCCAUCUUCCGAGUCUAUAAUCAGCUAUGAUUCGGAUGAUUCAAUGCUGUCAGAGGACUCUGAGAGAGAGGAUACAGAGGAUGAAGAGGAGGGAGAUCGUCCAAAAACUCUGUCACUGACGACAACCCACCAGCACGAUGACCCCAACUCGUACACCUGGUGUCUGAUCCGCUACGCUAUAGCGCACCUCGUCCUACACAACCUCCAUCUAUUCUUACCUCACAUAGGUAUAGAGUUACAAGAGCUUCCAAACUGCUCCCCUCUGCUGCAUGCUGUGAUGAAGACGCUGGAACAGUGGGAUGAAUACCUGCAGAACCGACUGGACCUGUUCUCCGGACCGCCAGAUAACUACAUUCCAGGACUCUUCUUCGACAUAGACCAAACCAUGCCGUCUACAAAAUACCAGGCUUUACUCAACCCGUCUAACACACCAUUCAUAGCUGGCCAGACUACACUUCCAAUAAAGCGUCUGUGGUUCCAGCUUGUAAAACAGGACUUCUUAAAGGAUAUAUUUCUGAGGUAUAUCUACCGACGCAGGAAACUUAUGGACGACAGUGAGGAUUCUCUACGUACAAGUAGUUCUGACCAGACGGAUCAUGGCAGCAAGGUCGCAGACCCCAUGAAGGUCGUUCACAAGGAACAGGACGUGAUUGCAGCGUUUUCCAGUAACCAGAGUGGAGUUUCGAUGAAACUACAUCAGGCAAACUUCAACUGCAUCGCCUUGGCAACUCAAAAAGAGCUAGUUGAGUUGGACAUCGGCGCCAUACUUCAUCCACCUCUCUGGCUCGAAGAUGAAACGGAGUACGAUAUAGAAUGUAUUAGGAAUCCCAACCCGACACCACAAGAUUCGCCCGAGUUCAUGGUUGUCCAGACUCCACAAGACAAUCCCCAGCAGACAUACAGUGGGACCCAGACACCAGGAACCCCCUACUACCCCAGCACCCCCCAGUCAUUCCACACCAGCUCUUCCUUCUACCAGACAGGGCGAGGAUCAUCUGUGGGGUCCAAAGAGAUAAUUCGACGCCAGGUACCAGGAGUGCGACGUAUUGGUUCUCACCCGCAUCUGCCCCACUAUUUGACAGGGUGUGCGGACGGGAGUGUUCGUCUCUGGGAGUGGGGCCAUGCCCAGCCCCUUACAAUGCUACGACAGCCAGGGACAUUCCCAAAGGUUACAAAGGUGCUGUUCAACGCCCAGGGAAACAAAAGUUGUGUUAGUGAUAUUGAAGGUGGAAUUUGUUUAUGGCAGGUUGGACUUGGGAGUAAUUUCAACAAACCUAUUAUGAGUCUACACUGCCACAACAAAACGACAAGUGACUUCACGUUUGUUGGAUCAUCCAGUCUGAUUGGUACGGCUGGCCAUUCCUCGGAGAGUAAAAACAUCUGUCUGUGGGACACACUACUUCCACAGAGGAGCUCCCUAGUUCAUGCUUUCACGUGUCACGAACACGGGAGUCCCGCCCUUGUGUAUGCACCUCAUCACCAGAUUCUCAUCAGUGCAGGCCGUAAAGGAGAAAUAUGUUUGUUUGACAUGCGACAAAGACAACUGCGACAUACAUUCCAGGCACACGAUGGACCAAUCAAAUGCCUUGCAAUUGACCCGGAAGAAGACUAUUUUGUGUCAGGGUCGGCGGAGGGAGAUAUUAAGGUCUGGGGACUGGAUGUUCAUCAGCUUCUGUACUCGUUUCCCGGUGAACACAGCAAGAGCACUUUCUUCAAAAACGUCGGAUCAUCGUCCGGCGUCACACAGGUGGCCAUCGGUCCCGACCACCAGCUGUUUUCCUGCGGUGGCGAUGGCUCCAUGAAGUUCCGGCAGUUGCCGCAAAAAGACACAGCAGUCCGGCAGUGGCCGUCAUGAUAACUUUCAAAAAAAUAAUUUGGUGUGUGAGAAUUUUUAAAACUUUAACAAAACAGAAAAUAUCACCUGCUCUGUAGCCAAGAAAGAGUGAAGCUGUCAGCGAUUGGAACAACACUGAGAGUUGAAAGUUUUACAGCAAAAAGCUUAUGAGUUUGGCAGACUGCUUUAUCAUUGUGUACUAAUGAUGAUGCUACGGACUAGUUUUUACAGUUAGCAUGUCUUUAUUUGCUCAGUUAGUAGAUUGCAUUUAGGUGGGUUGUUGGUAAAGCUGUGGCGAAAGUGUUCUCUCAGGUAUGGGCAGUGAUCGUAAUGUGAAAGACUCAUCAAUGGAAGAGACUGUUGUAAAAUGGCAGAUUUUAGUCUGUUGUCAACUGAUAUGCUAAAUUAGCAUUUUUCCAUGAAAAAGAAGUAUUAUUUAUUGUAUAAUAUAUAUAUACAUUGUAUAUAUGCCUUUAGGAGGCCCGAUUGCACAUAAAAACAUUAAAAAUAUAAAAAUUAAAUUAAUAUAUACAGUCACAGUUUGUUAUCUUGAUCUCUCAAAUAUUGAAUACCCAAGAAUUUCUCAUGGUUCUAAUUUUAACAAACAACUAUUUUGUUAAUUUUGAGUUACCGGUAUCUCUAACUUGUUGGUGUGGUUCCUUCUUAUAUUAUCAGUAACACAAUGACAAAAAACGGUACCCAGUACAUACAUAGACCUUUGGCUCUACUGUUAGCUUUUACACCUUUUAGCUGAUAAUUGCUUACUAAAAGUGAUAAUAAAAAUCAAUUUGUGUCAUUGCUGUAUGAAAUGAUCAUCUUAAACUUUUAAGACUUUCUUCAGAAUACAAGAUCAGUAAUAGUGUUAGGUGUAAUCACUUGUAGUAUGUAGCAUAAGAUUUGAACAAGUCAUUGAUUAUAUAUUAUCAUACAUUAGAAGGCUGCAAACAUAACAGGAUUCUAUGCUUCCAUGAAUCCCAGAUUUUGAGUCAAAGCAUAAGAUUAUGAGAUGAAUCUCAAGAUAUUUAUAGUACAUCAUUUUACAAUUCUUUAAAAAUCUUCUUUUUUUUUAAACUGAAAAACAAAUUCAAUAACUGAAUAGUAACUGAUUAACAGGCAAUGCCUAUAUUAAGUUAUCUUCCUCAGCAUGAGCUAAGGCGUGCACUACAACAGCUUGCUCUGAAUGUGCACAUAAAGCCCUCUGACCUAACCUGACCUGACCUGACCUGACCUCAGCAUGAGCUGAUCAGCUUAAAAGCUUGGUGGAGCUACAGCUGUAUGAUCACAGCUGAUUGCUGUUAGUUGAAUAGAGAGAGAGGGUCAGGAUUUGACAGUAUAAGACAGAACAUCAGGCCACAGCUAAGAACAAUCGGAGAAAACGACUUUGGGGCAAUAGAGAUGAUGUACUAAUGACUGUCGAGUUAAUGAAGACAAUAAAAAUCCUGAUCAGAAUUUCAGGAACAUUAAUAAAACUGAACACAGAAAAAGGAAAAGAAUUGUCCUAUUGGUACAUAAUAAGAAAUAACAAUGUCAUAUCCAGAUGUGGACUCUGUGUAUUGGCUGACCCCUUUUCUCAUGAUGGCAUUUAGAGACUUGAAAAGUCGGCUAAUACACAGCAAUAUGCAGUAAGCACGCUUUUCAAGAUAAUGUCUGUAUGUAUGACAGAAGCAACAACUCAAUGCUUAGAACAGGGAAUAUUUAGUUUUCAAAAUUUUCAUUAGUGACAGUUGCUAAGCGAUUGAAAAUUGAUUAGCAACUACUAGUUCUUUUUUUUUAGAAUUGUGUUGCAGCAACGUCUGAAAAUUUGCAUAGCAAAUCAUGACACGAUAUUGAACAAAAUAUUCCCUGCAGAAUAGCCAGGUUAGUAAAAUACAAGAGGCAGACUUAAAAUGAGAAUAAAUGGCAUAAUAUAAAAGAAUACCAAUGAACCUACUGUUUUGUUGUAUAAUUUGUGGAUUAAAUUUAUUUAGAUUUCAUACAAUUUAAAGUACUCUUCUUCAAAUAUGAACAUAGCCACAUGAACAUAGAGCUUUUGCCGAAAAGAAGAAACCUUUACCACUUCCCCUCCUCUUCAAAGAUGUGUUUAUACUAAUUAUCACCAUGUACAUGUAAUAUGUUUCUUUUUACAUUUUGAUAUACAUUUUAAUGUAUAUAUUGGCAAUCACUUUAAGCUUCUUCAAUUGAUUUGUCUUCUUGUUUUUCUUCUUUUUUUCUAUCAUCAAUAUUAGGGUUUUCUUAGCCAAAUGAACUGUCCAGAAAAUCAUAAAGUUUUUUUAAGAACAAUUUUUAAUUAAUGGAUUUUUAAUUUUAAAAAUCUAUUAACUAGUAAGUUUAUAGUUUCUAAUAGCAGUACAGAUAUUGAUAAUUGAAUGGGUGUAAUUAUAUACCAUAGUAAAAUAUGUUUAAAUCUUUUAUAGCUGUCUGUGCUUAUUAUGUGAUUAAGCUCUGUUUAAACAUGUUUGCAUGGAAUAUAUUUUCUUUCAAAAUAAUAAUGUGUGAAAAUAGAUGGCUUUAAGGAUAUAUAUUUUCGAAAUUUCAAAUCCCAUAACGAAUGGUGGAAUUUUUGAGUGGUUGUAAUGUUACGGACGAAAAACCUCUUUUGCAACAACCUGUGUGUAUUAUGUGAUUAAACAUGUUUUGUCUGAAA